AUGGAGCGUCUCCAGGUGUGGGGAUUCUUCAGCCUGAUUGUUUUCACCGCCGCCCAGACCACCACGCACAGUCCUGACCCUCAGCCGUCCUACCUGCUGCUGGCUCCCAGAGCUCUGCGACCUGGAGUCCCAGCAUCAGUAUCAGUCACCAUCCUGACAGCGUCACAGGUCACCGUGUCUGCUCACAUCGUUCAUGGCAACCAGACCGUGUCCUCAAACUCAGCUACAGUGGAAGGAGGUUCGACUAAGCUGCUGACCUUGCCACCUGUGAGUAGUGAGUCAAGCUACUGGCACCCCUACAGCCUGGAGGUCAAAGGUCACGUAGGUAGCAUCGAGGUUUUCUCCAACUCAACGCAGCUGCGUUUUGAUCCCAAAGGCGUCUCCACCUUCAUCCAGACAGACAAGAUGAACUAUCUGCCUGGGCAGGUGGUGAAGAUCAGAGCGGUGUCCAUUCACCCCGACGGGAAACCCUUCGUCAGCCCAGUGGACAUCGUCAUCAACGAUCCAAGGGGAAACCUGCUCAGACAGUGGCUGUCUCUGGACGGUGUCCUCGGGGUCGUGUCCAAAGAUUUUCAGCUGUCUGAAAACCCUCCUCUGGGUGAAUGGACCAUCGUCACUACAGUCAAUGGCGUUUCCAGCAAGAAACAUUUCAACGUGGCACAUUAUGUUCUGCCAAAGUUUGAGGUUAUGAUUGAAGCUCCGAAUGUCAUUUAUCAUCAGGACACUUUGUGGGGCUCCGUCAAAGCAAAGUACAUGUACGGGAAACCUGUUCAGGGACUCAUGAAUAUAACGUUUCUGCAUCAUUUUCAUGGUAUUGAAGAGGCUUACGAUGAAAACAAAGAGAUUGACGGCACCGCAGACUUCAUGUUUGACAUUCCCGACUACCAUCCAAUGAGCAGAAGAGCUCUAGAAAUGGUCUUCAAUGAUGGAUUCAUGGAUGAUGAAUUUCUAAUGAUUGUGGUUCAUGUGACUGAACAUCUCACAGGUCUCACAUAUAACAGUACAGCAACGGUUUCUUUGGCAAAACAUAGAUAUAAACUUUCCUUUGAUGGCUAUCCCAAAGUACUAAGGCCUUCUUUGAACUUCGCUGCCAGGCUAAAAAUAUCCACAUACAACAAUCAGCCGUUGUCACUGGAGGAUCAACGGAAGACCGUUAAAGUGUCAGUGAUGCAGCAAAAGCAAAGUCCAUGGAGUUGGAAAAUGGACAAGAUGGAAGAAAUGGUCCCACGUCGACAGAACAUGUCAGAUCCUUCGGAAAUUGUGCAUCCCAGUCCAGAGGAGACAGCAGCCCAAGACAUGGAGUUUCCUCUUGCUCCAGAUGGAGUCAUACCCCUCUACAUCCAGCUCAUGAAUGAAACUGCUACACUCACUAUUGAUGCUUCUUUUGAGGAUAGCCAAAACACUCUACAGCUCUAUAGAAGCUACACAUCACCUAGUCACUCCUACCUGCAGAUCCAGAAACCCUCUAGACCUCCAGAGGUUGGUUCAUCCUUCCUGCUGCACAUUGAGAGGAAUUUUCCAAUGACUGAGAUUCACUACAUGGUGAAGUCCAGAGGUCAGAUAGUUUCUGCUGGAAAAAGCUCUGGUGAUCUAACUCUGGUCCCAGAAAUCACCUGGGCUCCUCUCGCCUGCAUCAUCGUCUACUGUGUGCAUCCAAAUGGAGAGAUCAUCAACGAUGUGAUCCAGCUGCCCAUCACCCAAACUUUACAAAACCAGGUGUCUCUGAGCUGGAGUGAGCUCACGAGGAGGCCGGCUGAAGAGGUCACACUGAAGGUCAAGGUGGCGGAGCCCAGCUCUCUGGUCGGGAUCCUGGUGGUCGACAAGGCAACACAGUGGGCGGGGUCACACAAUGACAUCACCAAGGAGACGGUACUGAAGGAGAUGGAGGAGUACAGCGUUUCCAAGGCGGACGCCUACUCUGACUCGUUGACAAUGGGAGAUCCAUACUCCAUCUUCAUGAUGUGUAAUCUCGUGGCGCUGACUGAUGCCAGUUUGCACAUGUCGGAGCAUCGGCUGAGGCCUGAAUUUCCAGGGGAGGGAAUUCAUGCCUUCUCCCUGACAGAUAGUCUACAUAUGGAGCAAGAACAGGAGCCACGAGAGCGCUGGAACUUUCCAGAGACGUGGAUUUGGAUGGAUACCAACACAGGUAAUUCAGACACACAAGAGAUAAAACUGACUGUACCAGACAGCAUCACCACUUGGUCAGCCACUGCCUUUGUCAUGUCUGAGAACCUUGGUCUGGGCAUCGUAGAGCAACCUGUAGAGCUCACAGUGUUCCAGGAUUUCUUCCUUUCCUUGAAUCUGCCGGCCUUCAUCAUCCGAGGAGAGGAGCUUUUGCUGGAGGUCAUUCUGUUCAACUACCUCCCACAGGACCUGGACGUCAUGCUGAUUGUUGCAGAGAGCGAGACCUUCGAGUUUGUCUUUCCGGACAAUGAGGAGCUCUCCAUGCCCAGUGUUCGUCAUGUGUCUGUGAGGAGCCAGAGCGGAGCGUCCGUCCUCAUUCCCAUCAAGCCGCUGGUCCUCGGAGAGAUCCCCAUAUCUGUGAAAGCCAUGUCGACGGUGGCGUCUGACUUGGUCCGCACGACGGUGCUCGUCAAGGCUGAAGGCCUUGAACAGUCUUUCUCCACCUCGCUGCUGUUUGAGGUUUCAUCCUCGCAGUUGAGCCUUUCCAGAAACGUCACAUUCACCUUCCCAGCAGAUGUUGUGGUGGGCAGCGAGAGGGUUUCAGUGAAAACUGUCGGGGACAUCCUCGGUCCAUCCAUCAGCGGCCUGGAUUCUCUCAUCCAGAUGCCUCAUGGCUGUGGGGAACAGAACAUGAUCAAUUUUGCACCAAACAUCUACGUCCUCCGGUAUCUGAGCGCUACCGGACAGGCCAACCAGGACACCACGGAAACAGCCACAGCUUACAUGAUGAAAGGUUAUGAGAGAGAGCUGUCCUACCAGCGAGUCGACGGAUCCUUCAGUGCGUUCGGAGACCAGGACUCAUCUGGAAGCACCUGGCUCUCUGCCUUUGUGCUGAGGUGUUUCCUGCAGGCGCAGCCUUUCAUCAGCAUCGACGCCCAUGUGCUGCACAGAGCGGCAGCCUGGUUAGGAGCCCAGCAGGGGGCCGACGGUAGGUUCGAGGAGCCCGGCCGCGUCAUCCACACAGAGCUCCAAGGAGGCCUGGACGGCCCCGUUUCCCUCACAGCAUAUGUCCUCAUCGCUCUGCUGGAGGACAAUGACAUCAGGGCUGUGUAUGGGAGCCAGGUGUCUGCAGCCCUGAUGUUCCUGGAGACCCGCCUGGCUCUGGGCAUCUCCAGCAACUACAGCCUCAGCCUGCUCACCUACGCUCUGGCUCUGUCCGGCAGCUCCAGCGCCAACACGGCACUCAGCGAGCUGAUCGGACGAGCUGACAUGAGAGAUGGCGUGCCGAUGUGGUCGUCCCAGGAUGGCGGCAUCUCUGCGUCGUGGCAGCCUCGCUCUGCAGACAUCGAGAUGGUGUCCUACCUGCUGCUCUCUCAGCACCAGCUGGGCCACGUCGCAGAGGGUCUCAGCCUAAUGAAGUGGCUCAGCCAACAGCGGAACUACAACGGAGGAUUCGGAAGCACUCAGGACACAGUCGUGGCUUUGCAGGCUUUGUCCACGUUUGCAGCUCUGGGCAGGUCUCACGACUUUGACCUCACCAUCAGGGUGAACUCUGAUGCUUCGACCACAAUCGCCUCCUUCCACAUCCACCAGGACAACUACCUGCUCCACCAGAGCCAGCAGAUUGAGCCCAAAGACGAGUUGAAGCUUCAGGUGACUGCAGCAGGUCAUGGACUCGCCAUCUUUCAGCUGAAUGUGUUUUACAACGUCAGGAAGGAAGAGAUGACGAGGAGGAGACGAGACGCCGGCGAACACGAAGCGUUUCAUCUGUUUGUCGAGCUGUUUGAUGAAGAAAUAAACUCUGCACAUCUGUUCAUCUGCAGCAGUCUGUCAGAGCAGGUGGGUCUGAAUGCGACGGGCAUGGCCAUCAUGGAGGUGGGUCUGCUGAGUGGCUUCGGCCUGUCGCCGUACGGCAUCCAGAUCGACGAAGUCAUAAAGAAAGUGGAGACCCAGCCGGGGAAAGUCAUCCUGUACCUGGACUCUGUGACGACGGAGGAGAUGUGUAUACAGAUUUCUCUGGUCAUGGAGUACAGAGUCGCCAAAGUCCAGGAAGCAACUGUUCUCAUCUAUGACUAUUAUGAACCAAGGCGGAGGACGGCGAGGACGUAUAAAUCAGAGUGGAGGAGUGACAUGUCCACCUGCUCGUUCUGUGGCGAUGACUGCAGUCAGUGCAGAGUUCAGGAUCUUUAUGGUAUCAACGUCGCGUCACACAGCAGCAGACAACACCUCAUGCUGACCAGUUUACCAGCUGCUCUGCUUCCUCUCAUCAUCAUCUUCGUCUUGUAAAUAAGGUCCAACAAAGCUUAGCUCAGCUUUAGAUGUAUACAUGCGUCAGGUUCAGCUUUAUGUGGAAGGUGUAACAUUUAUAUUAAGGUAAAGUUGUUGCGUUCACAUGCAUUUUAUGUCUAUAAACGGCAUAUUGGCAUUUGGAAACAGUAUGUUGGGAGUUUGAGCUUGAUGAAAAAAACAAGUUAGUUUAGUGUCUCAGAAAAAAAAGGUCAGAUUCAGAAAUGAAGUGUUUGACUGCUGUAAUGUUGAAAUUAACAAAUGGAAGUUUUGAAUGCACCAGUUACGCGCCAGGUGGUUUUUAAUCAGAGGUUUUCCAGUCGGUUCCAGCCAACUGAGAAUUAUCACCAUUUCUGAAGCUCUUUAGCCACUUUUAGCUCCUAGUUUGUGUUUUAUGCCACAUUUAUUGUGUUCUCAUAAAUCUAUACACUACCUGCCCAGCACCAAACAGGAGACAAAGUUAGAGACUAGCUGGUGAACAUAGUGGAGCAUUUAGCAGCUAAAGAGCCAGAUAUCUCCCUCAGUAGAAUAAAAACGGAGCUAAAAGAGGGUGAAUAUUGGACUUAAAUUCAUCAGGAUGACAGAAACAUGACUCAAACAGGAUGAUAAUGUUGUUUUGUAUCUGCUAGGUGUAGAAAGAUAAAAUUAUGUUUUUCCCAGCUGCAUGCAGGCGAAGGUGUACGGAGGUCACUUAGAAACGUUUCAUGUGGCUGUUUCUUUUAUACUUGUAUGUAGUAUGUUUAUGUUUGUUUUAGUCUCAGUUUAGCCUCUGUAACCGAGAGAACUUCCUUCCCUGCGUAGCAUCACAAAGACAUUUACUCACAUCUUCAGAGAAAUAUCUGAAGUAGAUGAUUAUUUGCUUACAGAUUAGCCAUAACAGCUUUAUUAGCUUGGUUGCGUGUCUGUUAGCUUGUUUUGGAGUCUUUCUACCACCUAGUGGUCAAAAAUAACUUAAUAAAACUUUUCUUUUUUUACUAAAAAUUUUCUACUCUCUGGUUCGUUCAGGUGUUGGUUGUUGUUGGUUCGUCUUCGUUCGGGUUGGUGUGUUGUUGGGAUUUUUUUAUGUCUGUCUUGGGUUUGGUUUAGCUCUUUUGAGGUUCAAACCUAAUUUAUAUAGACUUGUUGUACUAACCAGGCAAAAUAAUAAGCCAGGCAGUAACCUGAGCUUCGUAACCAGUCAUGUCGGCUGCAUUUACAAAACAAUUCUGUCAAACCACAAUUAUUCAUUGUGUAUGUGAACACAGCCAAUGUCAAUCACUGAAUAAUGACUAACGGUGUUGAACAUUGUUGAAUAUUUUUGUCUCAUACGUUGUGAAAUCAGACACUGAAUCAUGUUUGUAUAUUCAGAUUGGAAUUUUUUUUUUUUCUUAAUUGAAUGAUUGAAUGUAGGCUUUCAAGACUUUUCUUGCAAUGGAUCAUAUUUAGUACGAGAGAUUUACAAAGUGAUAGGGCAGUAUAAGUAACUACAAUGUAGAUGUUAAAAAAGAAUAAAU